CUUUUUAGAAAUAAGUGGGGUUUGAAAUGUUAUACAUCUUUUAUAGGUAUGAAUCAGGAAUAUAUAAUACAUUUCGUUUUAUUCGACAUGCAAGGUAAAAAAUCAUAAUCGUUGGUCCGUAUAAAAUAUAAAAAAAAACAACUGAAAUAUUCAAUCUUGUAUGUCUCUAAUUUCUACACCGACGUUCGUAGUAUACCACGUAAGCAGACGGUAGUAAUUUCUGGGGAUUCAAUGCUCGAAAAAAGAACAAAAAAAUGGGGUUAACUCUAUACAAAAGAAUAUGAUAGAGGGGCAUUUUUUCAUAUUGCACGCAUCAUCUUUUGAAGUAUAUCAUAAAAAUUCCCAUUUAUUAAAACACCCCUCAAGAUGUGAGGGUCGUUUUGUAAUGUCUUAUUUCCAAUUGGCCAAUUCCGGUUAGAUCAGGAUAUCCGAAGCAUAUGGUUUUCGUGUAAAAGCAAUAUCUUAUUUUUGUAUAAAAUUGAAUUUGGUUUAGUUAGUUUGCAGUGCUCAUAUGAACACUUUAAAAAUUGUUCGAUAUGCUUGUAUUAAGUAGUAUAUUAUAACUAUGAUGUGUUCUAAGUCUUAAUCAUUUUCAAUUGGUUUUUAUUAUUAAUGUAACGUAUUAAUUUUAAUAUACAUCAACGAUUUUGUACCACGCCUGUUGUAUAGAGACAAAUAUGUAUUAAUUAAUUUGCACGUUUAGAAAAAUUGUCGGAGGAAGAUUUUCAACAGAGUUUAAUAGAAUGGCAACAGAAGGAGCAACAAAAAAAAUUAAAGGAAAAGAAACAGAAAAAACCAAAUACUCCAGAAAAGAAACUUGCAGAAACGAAUAUUUCACCCACUAAAAAUAAAGGAUCAUGUGUGUCAACGGUCAUCACUAUUAGCGAUGAUUCGGAAGAAGAAAUGGCCGUAUUUAAACAGCCUGGUAAAAAGAGAAAAAUAAAUAACAGCAGAGAUUUAGACGUUUCCAACGGCAAGAGCAUGUCAAACGACGAAUCAAUAAUGACCAAUGACUCCAGCGCUAACAACAGUUUGAUGACAGAAGACGAAGACGAAAAAAUCGAACCUCAAAUAGAAACUAAUAUGCCGAAAAAAUCUAGACCAGUUAUCCCUGUGAUAUACUUCUGUACGAGAACUCAUAAACAAAUUGAACAGGUUAUCAAAGAGUUACAAAGAACUAGUUUCAAUACAGCCAAGAGUUGCGUGUUAGCUAGUCGCGAACACACAUGUAUUCAAGAUUCUAAUAUAUACUACCCCCAGAUAUCAUACAAAUCAAAAACCGAACUAUGUAGGGAUUUAUUAGAUCCGAAAGCGAGACGGAGAAAUUCGAUAAAGUUCAGAAGAACAAUUGAUAGGUGUAGUUAUUACGAUAACGGUGGCGUGAAAAUAAGCACUUAUGGCCAAUUAGCCAAAUUCGGAGUGGAAUCUGUUUGGGAUAUCGAAGACAUAGUGCGUUUGGGCAUUUCUAAAAAAUCUUGUCCGUACUACGGUACACGAUUGUUGCUCAAAACUGCCGAAAUCGUCUUUUGUCCCUACAAUUAUAUCAUCGAUCCGGUUAUCAGAAAUACAAUGAACUUGAAACUAAAAGGCCACGUGAUAAUAGUUGACGAAGCUCAUAAUAUCGAGGAUCAAUGCCGCGAAGCCGCAAGCCUGCAAUUGGAUCAGACGAAUAUGAAUUUGGCCAAAGCGGACUGCGAAAAAGUAUAUAAGUCUUGCAGCAAUUCACUGUCGUACUCAAGGCUGGCUCGAUAUUUGUCCGAGUUAUCAAAGUGGAUCGAUCAAAAGUCUAACGAUAUUAAAACUUACGACGAUUAUAAUCGCGGCGUUGUAUCAUGGACUGGGACAUACACCAUAGCCAGUUUUGAUGAUUUUGGUAUUGGGUUGACGGCCUUCGAAAAGUUCAAAAAAGAUUGUGAAACAGUUUUGGCUGAUUCGGCCGAAGAAAGUGAACCCGACGAUACGAAAAUGGAUACAAAAGAUAAUGGGGAAAAUGAACUGGUAGAAAAAGAAGAUAGUGAUUUGGUAGAAAAAGAUGAAGAUGAAACGCUAGAAAACCGUUCGUCCCAAGAUAAUGUCGAUGCGGCAAUUACAAAUGCGACUAAAACUUUAUUGUCGUCGAUUUGUUCGGUGUUUAGUUUGUUAUAUGAUGAGAAGUACAAAUUUGAUUACCACGUUUCUCUAGAGAAGAUCAUGGAAUUAAAGAAAUAUGAACACAAAGAUCGAAAUAUGAAGACGACGGGCAUAGGCGGUUGGAUAAAUGCUGCGGCGCAACCUGACGACUCGCGCCCUGUAUGGAAAAACGUCAUCAGUUUCCUAUGCUUAAAUCCGGCAGCCGUGUUUGGAGAACUCAAAUCGACGGCCCGCACCAUAAUUCUUACAUCCGGCACCCUAUCGCCGAUGCAGUCCUUCCAAUCCGAGCUCGGCACUCAGUUCCCGAUCGCCCUGGAAGCUGGUCAUGUAAUCAAGCCAGACCAGUGUUGGGUGUCGUCGGUGAGCGUCGGGCCGGACGGGACGGACCUCAACGGGCAGUACCGGAACAUUAACACGUAUAAUUACCAAGAUGAAAUGGGAAAAGUGUUGUGGGACGUGUGCGCCGCCGUUCCGCAUGGCGUGUUGUGUUUCAUGCCAUCCUAUAUGCUUAUGGAAAAACUGUACAGCCGAUGGCAGGUGACUGGCCAACUAAACCGCCUUAAACAAAUUAAGGUGGUCAUGUGUGAGCCCCGGCGAGGCGACCAGCUUGAAGAGUUAAUGACGAAGUAUUAUGCGGCCGUCCGUGGGGACGAGAAGGGACCAAGCGGCGCGCUCUUCCUGGCCGUAUAUCGUGGAAAAAUUAGUGAAGGGCUGGAUUUCUCUGACAACAACGCCCGAGCGGUGGUGGCUGUCGGGAUUCCAUUUCCAAACUAUAAGGAUGCGGCCGUAACCCACAAAAAAGAUUAUAACGAUAAACACCACAAGAACAAAGGUCUGUUGCCCGGCUGGGAGUGGUAUCAGAUUCAGGCCUACAGAGCGUUGAACCAAGCACUCGGACGGUGUAUCAGGCACAGGAACGAUUGGGGCGCUAUCCUGCUAGUGGACAGCAGGUACGAGCAGCCCAAGAACCUGUCCGGGCUGUCGAAAUGGAUAAGAGGAAGGGUCGAAAGAAACAAUUCGUGGUCGACGAUCGUGACCAAACUCAAGAACUUUGUAGAGACCAGACAGUAUGAAGACUCUAUUGCAGCCCUAACUUGAUUAUAUUUUGUACAUUCUCAUGAGGGACUUAUCCAGCACUCCUAACUUAUUAUUCUCGUACCUUAGUAAUAGUUUUCUUCUUAUUGGUGGUUAUCAUUAGGAAGUAAAAUACGCAAAUAUAAUAUUUAUUUUUGUAUUACCUACAUACGUGUUUAAUCCUUUAAUUAUAAGAUAUGGUUAUUUAUUUUUAAAACCUAGUAAUAUAUUAUUUUUAAGUAUUCAA